CAGACGGUAUAUUUUAUCGGUCACACUGAUCAAUCUGCAAUAAAAAAAACCUGUUUAAAAUGUCUGAAUUUAAUGAACCAAACCCGACUCUGUCUGAAAAUGACACGGAGGAAUCUCUCAAUACCGCUAAGGAGACAGCAGAAUGCUUCGAUAUUGAAAAGGUGGCCGAGCUGUUCGCAAGCAGUCUCCUGGAAGAAGAUGACGUCCUCUUGGAUGCCUAUCUGGCGGCCUACGAAGAAAUUAUGAGGUUCUUUCAGCUGAUGGGCAGCAUCUUUGGUUUCGUGAGCAGUGAUGUUCGCAGCAAAAUAGACAUUCUCUACGAGCUACGGAAGACUGAUACUGAGGAGCAGAAAAAUUUCGAGACCUUUAAAGCAAUGCUGGUUUAUGAGAGGGACGCUAAUCUGCUGACGAAAAAAGGCUAUGUGUCGGGUAGCCGCACUCUACUGCGUCUCCAUCGUGGCCUUGAGUUUUUCUACGAGUUUCUGAAGCGCCUGCAAGACCUGCCGAACGACGAGAAGACUGCUAACGUGUGCAGAACGGCCUAUGACGACACUCUUGGUAAGCAUCAUGCAUUUUUAAUACGAAAGGGCGCCCGCCUGGCCAUGUAUGCGAUGCCAUCUCGUGGGGAUCUGCUCACUCGCGUCUGCCAGGAUGUGCAAAGUGCAAUUUCAAAGCUGCCGGAAAUGCUGGCGAACACCCGGAGGGCCUACGACCGCACGGAACAGCUCUACACGCUGCACGAUCUCCACAAUUUGCCCUAGAGUUUAUCCAAAUUGUCUGUAUAUAUAUCGUAAAUUACAAGUAUUCGUUGCAGCCUA